CUGCUCAACUUCGAGAUCAGCUCAUCAAGAUUCGGGAAGCAAGGAUUGAGAGACAAAAACAAAGGGAAGGACUGAUGAAGAAUGCUCGAGAACUAAAAGCCAAGGUGACAGCAAAGCGUGGUCCAGAAAUGAGCAUCUGGGAAUCAAAAUAUCGAGCAGAAAAGCAGCGAGCUGCCAUCCUUGAGGAAGAGCUUGGUAAUUUGAAGUCAGAACUGGCUGCAAGCCAAAAGAAGCUAUUGAAGAGUUUGGAGCAGAAAGAUUCAGAUGAACCAAGUGAGCAGAAGUCUCCGCGAACGAUUGUCGGGCCAUCACAGUUGAAUAAUUUAAAGAAUGAAGUACGCAGAUUAAACAAAGAAAAGGACCGUGUUGAGGAAGAUAUCCAGAAGACAAAACGAAAACUUCUAGUAGAGUCACAGCAAAAAGCAACUGCCCACCAACAACUGAAAGAGAUGCGAAGAGAUAAAAAGGCUUCAAGUGUGAAAGCGGAAGCAGUUUCAACACCUAGAACUAAGUUAAGUAAUGCAGAACAGUAAAAAACUUGCCAAUUUUAAUUAAAUACAGUAAUACAUUUCACGACAAGGGGUACAUUAAUCCACAAUCAGGAUGUGAAACUGGCUAACUUUAAAACCAUAUAUGGUAUAUAUACAAACAGAACAAGCAUCCACUCCAUAAAUUUGGGAACAUAUGACAGCUCACAAAUGUUUGUCCUAACAGUUUACUUUUAGAUACUCACAAGCAAAACAUAUAACGAAACAGAUGAAA